GCUGGUUACACAAGCUACUGGAAGCAUGUAGGACUGGCGAGUAUAAAUGUGAGACACAGUACUUUGAGGACCUCCAACUUUUCCUUGCGGGUAUUUAUACAGCCUGAUAUAAGGAGGGAAUAGAAUAGUAUAGAAUUGGUGUCUGUCCAGACUGAUCUGAAGUCAUAUGGGACUCAAACAGAGCAGUCAAGCCGAGGGGGUCCGGGUCCGGUCUUACUCUGAUGCGACCGGCGGACCCGGUCGGGCUGCGGUUCUGCGCUAUUACGCGGGCAGCCCGGCGGCACAGUUCGGUGAACGGAUCCAGUAUCCAUCACCCACGUCCCGUUCAUUCAUCCCGAGCAGCGGCCGGAGAGCUGAGACAGACGGACAGAGAGCUCUGCUGAUCGGAUCUUUACCUGCGCACCUGUCACCUCACCUGCUGCCCGGAUUUCACUGUCCUAUGUGCACAAAGUUUGUGUGUUCUGAUGAAAUAGACGUUCAUUUGCUGAUGUGUUUCUCCAAACCCAGACUCCAUUAUAACGAGGAUGUAUUGUCCCGUGACUGUGGUGAGUGCUCCAUAUGCCUGGAUGACAUGCUUCAGGGGGACACGAUCGCACGUCUGCCCUGUCUCUGCAUCUAUCACAAAGGGUGUAUUGAUGAAUGGUUUGAGGUCAACAGGUUGUGUCCAGAACAUCCCACAGAUUAACACACAACCUGCGAUGGGAAAGGUUAUAUUUUCAUUAUAGGGACGCUUCGUCAUAAAGAUGAUCUGCUAAUUCCUGCAUCAGGAUUUGACAAGUUUUGAGUAUGAAUGUUGACUCCAUCAUCGUCUGAGAUCUGCGUGGAUCAUCGUACUGUACCCAAACCAUGAAUGACUUUUUGGCUGCAUAUAAGGGAAUAUAUUGGAUUUUGAUCUCAACAACGAAAAGAAAAUGAGAUAUUAGCUUGUUUUCUGUCAUUUUAGAUUUUUUAAAUUCCUCUAGAGCUCAGAAUCUCAGAAGUGCUAUUCCUUCAAAUGCACUGCUAUGUAUAGAACUAUUACAUAAUAAAGAUUUUUUGGUAUGCAAACAAACAACAACUGUGCGAUAACACAUUGAUUUCAAAACAUUGUAUUUUUGUAUCUAUUGGUUUGUGCCUGCGUGACAAAAGAACUUACCCUCAUAUCCAAAACAACGUAUCCUGUUUUUUACACUUUCUCUGGCCUGUACAUACACAACAAGUCUUGGUCUCUAAUGAUAAUGUUGCAUCUGCUUUAGAUGAGAGGUGUAAAUGAAACACAAAACAUGCACAUACAGAAAUAUAAUAAAUGAAUACCAUACUAGUUAUUG